AUGACGGUCCCAAUGGUGCCGGGCUCGCUCGAGACCCACCCAACAGCCGACCCAGGGAUCAGAAGAUCCAGCGAAUCCGCCGCCAUGCGCCGCAGCAAAGCCCUCGCCUUCUUCCGCACGCCAGCGCGGUGCGCCUUCCGCGCCGCGACACCCUUGCGCAGCCUCUCCCGCUCGUCCUUCCAGUCCUCGGCCCCCUCGGGCGCCGGCGCGGGGCCCGGGCACCGGCUCGCCGACGAGAUUAGCAAUCUUGACGGCGCCGGAGAGCACGCCGCAGGCGAGGGCGCAGAACCAGAAGCGCUGGGCCUCGACGUUGAUGGUGGCGGCACGGGCCUCGCCGAAGAGGGCGGCGCCGGGGACGCCGAGCAUGUCGGGCAGGGUAAUGGUCUCGAGGAGGCUGAAGACGCCCAUGAGGGACGAGGCGAUGAUGUCGAGGUGGACAGCGAGGGGCUGAGGGUCGGCGACGGCGCGGGCGACGAGCGCGUAGGCUGUGGAGAAGGAGCGGGCAAAGUUGAAGGUGCGCAUGGCGCGGCGCGUGAUGUUGACCUGGGCCUUGAGCGGGUCGAGGGUCAGGGCGGUGAGGCGCGGGGAGGGCGGGGCGCCGGCGGUGAAGAUGGGGUAGAGGGCUGGGAGGAGGAGGGGGUAGGCGAGGAAUAUCUGGAAGAUGGCCUGGACACCGCGGAGGAGACGUUCGAGUCCGACUAUUGA